AGGGGUUGGAAAGUGAGAAAAGAAUAGAAAGAAAAUAAGAGAAGUUGUCAAGGGACUGGAAGAGUCGUUUUUAUCGUUUAGCCGCCAACAACAACAAAAAAGAAUUCAUCGGACCACCAUCUCCUAUUUGUGCCUCCUGUCUGUUUUACCAUGCUGGAGGAGUACAUCCACACUAUCAUCACUGCACACGAGGGCCCGGAAGCCGCUGCCCAACGCUGCUGGAAGACCCUGCUGAGCCUGGAGCCAGAUAAGUGCGUCGAGCUCUGUGAUGAAAUCGUGAGCUAUUUUGAGUCGUGGCUGAAGAACGAUACAGCGCACGACGCGUCCGGCACUUCGGUGAGAGGCGUUUCCCCCACCACCGACUUCCUGGAUGUGUACCUGGCAGCCCUCUAUGCAAUUCUCACAGGAUUCGCCACCUCCUUUGCGUGGCGCACUGCCCAGGCGAGUCGCCUCCGUGAGCGCCAGGUCGUCUCACCGGAGUCACGCACCGCAUACGGGACGGCUGCGGAGUUCCUCGUACGCAUCUGCGAAAACUAUUUCCUGCGCACACCCGACGUCGCACAACGGUGCUUCCGGUGCCUGCUUGAAAAUACCGGCAUGGGGGUACCGUUUCUGUCGGUGGUGUUGAACGCCUACGGCAGCGCCGUGACCGGCGUUCUCGCCAUCGCCAACGACGACCUCUCUGCGACGCAGGUUGACCGGUGCCUGCGACAUCUUCGUAUCGCCUCGGAGGUGUUCGCACUCGCGGACAGCAGCGGGAAAGCGCAACUGACCAUUGCACACCCCAUUUUUCUCCAUGUGGCGCGCGUAAGUGGUCGGGUGCAGGAAGCCCUGCAGUUUUUCCAGCAGCCCGUGCGGUCCGUGAACCCCAUCCUCACUGGCGUAGGUCUUGCGGACUACGUAAUAUACUACGCUGAAGCUGCGUUGGUCCUCGUCUCGCUCGACGCUUACGCCUCCGCCUUCUACGCCCUCACACCGGUGCAUAGUUUGCCGCGGGUGCGGGGAUUCACCGAGCGGACACGGGGCCGCAGCAAUGAGGCGGCAAAAGCGCACUUAACCCCCACCAGGGCCUCUCGCUUUGAUCGCAAAGGAGACGCAGACAACGACCCUUUUGCUGCUGCUGCCGCUGCAUCCGGUAGUAUGCCACGGCAGCAGCAGUCACCUCCAACGGUGCCAAAUAAAACAGAGUAUUAUGUGAGGUUGUAUCCUUGGUACCGCACAAUGCCGGUCAGCACCACGCACACCUUCUACACCUCCGAUUGUUAUGCGGAGCGUGCCGGCGAAAAAAUGGUAAAGUGGCGGCUCAUCCUGUCACCUUCUUCCGCGGAGAUCGACUGCGAUGAGCAAACACGUGCGUGGGCGAUCCGACUGAGUCUGCUGCUGCUGACGCUCGCUUUUGGCGGUGGAAACCCUCGUGAGGUGGAAGAGACUGACAUCGUCGCCUCUCAGCCCGACGAGCGUGAAGUGGACUGGAGAGGAAUGAACUCCGCUGCUCUACACGGGCACGUGUGCUUUCCAAACACCAUUUUUUAUAACUUAUCGCAGACCACGCGUGUCUCGUUAAACGUACUUCUCGCUGCAGCGGCGAGCAACCCUUCUGCGGAGGUGCAGGUGUACUAUGACGUGCUGCGCGCAGUGGCCCAGCGCGACGUGGCACGCGCCCGCGCCGUUCUUGCCUCUUCGUCGGAGACUGUGUUCGCGGCAGACAUGACGCUGCACCUCGCACGAGCAGCGGUGGAGCACUACCUGCCCCUUCACAUUUUGCUGGAUACAGCUCGCAUGUACUCCCGUGUGCCGUUGCGUGUUUUAGUCACGCGUACAAUGCAAAGUGACGACCACCAAGACGACGUUCAUCAUGCGCUCGCAGUUUUGCAGCUGCUCGCCGAGCUUUGCGCCACAGGGGAGCUGGAGAACUGUCACGUGUGCACCCCCACCAGCACAAAGACGAGUGCAGCCGACACGGAGGAAUCCGUGGGAAGUUUUGUUGUGGCAGUGAGAGACGUUGGACAACGUCCUGUUGCGAUCGAUGCGACCUCUGUGCUGCUCACGACGCCGCCGGCAUCGAAGUGCAUUCAACUCUGUGCCCUUGUCGUCUCGCUGCAGCCAUUUUCUUGUUGUGGGCGGGUGCAAAACGCGAGCACCGCGAAUGCACCCACGGCUUCGUUUCCAGAAAUGCUCACGCAGCUUCAGAUGCUGCAGCAGGCCGUCGAAGCCGAGCACUCCGCCCUCGCCCUCCUUAACUGA